ACACAGAACGCGAUAAUGAAUAAAGAAAUUGGAAGAACCGUGGUUUUUAUAACAAGAAUGUUAACCACAUGGUGCAUAAUAGUGAUUUGUGAAGGUUUCAAUUUAGAAGAGAACGCUAUUUGUAAUAAUAAUUAUAUUAUAGAAGGUAGAAAGAGUAAUGGGAUGAGUAACCUUCUAAUGAAAAUUCUUCCGAACAUAGCGAUGCCAUUUCUAGUUCAAAGCAUAAUACUGCCUUUAGUCUUGGGUGUCAUGAAGCUUACAUUACUGAAUAGUUUGCUUCUAGGAAAACUAGGCAUAUUUCUGUGGAUUAUAAACAUUAUAUACAAAAAUAAUAAUCCAGAUGGAGUACUUUACAGCCAUGCUAUUAAUAUUAACCAUGGAAAUUAUCCAUACAAACAAGGCGGGUAUCCCAAUAAACAGUCUGAUACAUAUGGAAGAAAAAGCAAAAAAAGAAAGAAGUAAUGAGAAAUGAUGAAAUUUUCAUUCGACCUAGUCAAUAUUUUCUAAACGCAAUUUGUAUUGUUUCAGUUUCAA